UCUCAAAAAGACAAACACAAAACAGAAAUAUACAGGCCAAAUUUAUGUACUUGUUAUAUCUGUAAGACCCUUAGAGAUUUAAGAGGAAAGAGCCUAGAAGGAAAACAGGGCUAAGGGUUAAAAAAAAAAAAAAAAUUGUAACCUUAGGUUAAGUUUGAUUGUGUUUCAGAGCUGCAGUUUUCUUAAAAUUGUAAUUUCAAAACUACAAUCUCCUUACCUCCUUUUAACCUAUCUUUAUUUCCUCUACCUCACUUCCAUCUCAAAUAGUCCUAUUUCUCCUUUCUUGCUUGAUGAACUCCACCAUACCCUUCAGCCCUCAUGCAGAUGUUACUAUUCUAAAGAAGCCUUCACGAUCUCUUUAAGUAUUCUUCCCUAUCAUGCUCUUGCAGUACAUUGUAUCUCAAGAGCAUAAGAAAUUAUGAGAUUUGUGAUUUACCAAUUAAUAGCUGUCAUUUCUGCUGUACUGUCAGUACCACAAACAUGUCAUUUUUCUGCCUCAUUUGUAAUGUGAAGUUCCACGCACAUAGAUGCUCAGUCAUUGUGUAGAGACUCCUAACUUGAUUUCAGUUCUAAACUGGCUAUGCAAAACUAAAAGUUAUUCAUUAGCAAUAUGUACUGGCUAGGGUGUGUUUCUGAGAUAAGGAACUGAAACUCUUCAACAAGUCACCCUGGUUCCAUGUGGGCAAGCUUUUGAGAGAAGUCCCACAUUUCUGAACAAGUAUUUUUGAGGAAACCUGGUUGGGAAAAAAAUCCCAGGACUACAUGUCCAAUAGGAAAGUUUAUAAGAGGUAGACAUGUCUGCUUAGUUUACUGGUGUUUCUAUCUUCCUGCUGAGCUGAAGCUGCUUGUUUUGUGGAAGAGCAAAUCUCAGUGGUAGGCAUCUAAGAUGAAGAGUCCCCAAACAUUUAAGGAGCAAACAGAAUGCAUCAUCAAUACUUUACUCACAGACUUCUUGAGCCCAACAUUACAGGUGGCUAGUCGGGGCCUAUGCAGUGUAGAUGAACCAGCCUCGGGAGAGCCUUGCUCUUUUGAUGCGGCCAUAGCUGGACGACUUCGGAUGUUAGGUGACCGGUUCAAUGGAGAAUUAGAAGAUUCUGCCAAAAACAUCAUUGCGCAAACUACUCAGGGACGGACCAGAACAAUACUCCAGGAAGCUCCGCGCAGUCUCAGUGAGACCUGGUGUGCUCAGGAUUCUAGCCUCGCGUAUGAGAAAGCCUUUCUGGCAGUGUCAGUGAAAUUUCUUAAGUAUGUGGGCCGUGUGGCUCCUGAAAUGGCAAGGCGGGUGGCUAUCCCUAUGAUGAGUAUGAUCAAUGAGAACAGAGCCGUCUGUGACUUCAUCCAGGCCCAGGGAGGGUGGGAAAAUCUGGAGAGCUGAAGAAGUUGAAUUAUCCUUGACUGAGCUGCACUUCUUUGAUGGAUCAAAUGAUUGAUUUCUGGCCAUUAAAACAGAGAAAUAAAUUUAAAAACCACUUUCUUCAUUUAGUCAGAAUGUACUUUGCUGAAUAAAUUAUUUCCUACUGAUAAAGUUGGAAACAGUUUCCAGAAGCCUAUAGAGAUUUUAUACUUUCUGUUUCUACAUGAAUUUUAAUGAGGUUUUGUUGAAGCAAAAACCUCCAAACGGAAUAUAAUGAUUUAUUAGUGAAAAUCCAGGCAACAACUAGGCCUUUGCUAGAGAUAUUGCAGAGAAAAAAGAACACUGAAAACUGUUCCUUUAUAUUUAACUUUAUCUUUUUGGUAAGGAUCUUGUCUACUAAUUUUGCAAUCUAAAGAACUUCAGGGAGAUUUUUGGUUGAAAACUUAUUAUUUCAAGUUAAGGAUUUUCUUUCAAAUUUAUCCCUGGUUCAUGUUAAUUUUGUCCAGACUGAAUUUAUUUUAUGCAGUAUACAGGUUGGAAGCCAAGAGCAGCAGUGUGUUCAUCUACACUUUCUACAAAGGCCAAAGGUAAAAGUUAGGUAUUUUUAUUGCCACAGGAUGUAGGAAGCACUGGACUGUCUCUAGGACAGUAGGGCCCUCCCAGCUUAGAUGAAGCUGGCUGGACGCCUCAGGGAUUUUGUAAGUAACGUUCACACGCCACUUGGACUUUAUUAAACUGCUGAUCUUGUGGCCCCUUUCCUAGAAUGCUGAUUCCGUAGGGGCUGGCUAGGGGCUAGGAAACCACCCUUUCAACUCCAUGUGCAAUUCAGAUGCAUGUGAAGUUCGAAAAUCAUCACUUUAGAGCAGGAGUUGACAAAUUAUUGACCACACGCCAAAUCUGGCUUGCUAUCUUUGUGCGUAAAUAAAGCUUUCCUGGAAUGUAGCAACACUUCCUUGUCCCUGUUCUGUCUAUGGGUGCUUUCCCAUUACAGUAGCUGAAGUGAGUUGUUAUGACAGACACCAUAUGGCCCCUCAAGUCUGGAAUAUUUGCUAGCUGGCCUUUUAGGGAAAGAGUUCACUGACCCCUGCUCUAAAGCAAAGUGAACAUUUAUUUGUCCUCGAAUAAUUUAAAGCGUUACAAUCCUUACAAUUCCUAUAAACACAGUUGAAGAUAGGAUUUAAACUCAAAAACACUUAGCUCUUUUAAGAAUGUAGUUCAGAAGUAUUUAUUGCAUAGUCCCCAUUUUUUCUAGGGUCUUAGCAAACCAGAGAGCUCUGUGGCUCCUGAGUAAACUACAGAAGUUAUAUGUGUCUUUGGCCUUAAAGUGAGACUGACAGAAAGCAAAGUUUACAGUUUCUAUGAUCUGUGCAUUUCAAAAUAGUCCUUAAUAGGGGCUGGGGAUUUAGCUCA